GAGCAAAAGCAAGUGAAAGCUGUUUGGGGUGGGUGUUCAACAGGAGCUCUGACUGGGACCCAGGGCCAGGUCCUAGACACAACAACCGCCAGGACUCCGCGACGCCCAGCGGGAUCGGGGAGCUCAGCCACAGAGCACCGGUGUCCUGCCCUACAAGGUCAGGUCUAAUGAGCAGACAGCGGGGCCCAGAAAGAUCCCCAAAAGAUCGGCUGGAAGAGGCCUUGGAGGUCAUCUGGUGAGUACAGGGCCCCUCUGCUCGGCAGCGGGGGAGGCUGAGGCUCAGGGAGCACAGUUUGUCUGUUUGGGGGCAGCUGGGUGGUUGGUGUUGGAGCCAUGCUAGACCCAGGAAGCCAGCGGUCCGCUCCGUGGACGUUCCACUUAGCAGGACAGUCGUGUUUACAAGUGUGUCCUGGGCCAGCCCCCAGGGGAGGUUCAGUGGGGGUGACUCAGCCCCUGCUUUCCCCUUUGGCUCCAUCUUCUGAGAACGCUGGGCCCGAGACCAGCACUCAGGGGCCUGUGGUGAGGGCUGGCGGGACGAUGCUGGCCUCAGGUGGGUACCGGGCUCAGCAAACGACCACAGUGGAGACUCUGAUCUUCACACCAUCUGCUCCUACCGAGGAGUAGAAAUAAGGAUGAUGAAUCUGCAGGCUGUUUUUCCCUUGAAUGGGUGGCACGGAGAUACCCUGAGGACACAAAGGCCAGCAGAGGGGCUACGGAGGAAUUUGGGGAGUCCCUGGGAGGCAGCGCCCCCACAACUCUGGCCCCAGCAUCAAUUUCUACCAAUGAAGCAUGUCCUUUGCCUUUGGGAGGGUUGAGACCAGGUGGUUAAGGUGGGCAAACUGGCAGCACGGCCCAGCCGAGCAGAGCCCCCCAGUGUAUCUCUUCCGUUCCCUCCUCAUCUUGGCGCACCUCUCAGUCUUCCCCACUGCUCUCAGGUGUGUACAGAAUGUUCUUUAUUCAUUCUUAUUAAAACCCGUUCCAUAGGACUCUAAGCUCUCACCUUACUGGGCUGGCCAGAAACUGAGUCUCGGUGUGUAGGGAGCAUCCCUUGCCUUCCAGCAUCGUGCAUGGCGUCCUAGGGUCUCAGAGCAGAGAACAAGGGAGGAGCCUGGCCUUCGGGCCAGCCUGGUCCCUCCUCUGAUAGAUGCCCAUUGUCCAAAGGGGUCUGAUCCCCUGAAGUCCAACCCUGUCCACUUCCCUGGCAGGCCUGGAGUCCAGGUUCUUUGCCAAGAUUUGAAAGCACUAUGCCUUGGGUUCAACUUCAGGGUGAGCCACCGGUAACGUCCCCCAGAACCCCAGCACCCCAUCUCCCCAAGGCAGCAGAGCCCAGGAUGUCAACACUCAAAGGGCCUGUGACCUCUGGCUCCUUUUAGUCUGGGGCCAUCUCCCCUGGGUCCUUGGCUUUGGAUGUAGAUGUAGGCUCUUCUCCCCACCCACCGGACACCCACCUAACCACACAGAACUCAGGUUCUCACGAAGGACAGAAAGAAGGGCUAUCUACAGACAGCUUCUCCUUUCUACUUGUCCCCUGCAAAACGUCCCUGAGCCUGGAGACACCAAGGCUGCUCUCUGAAGGGAGACAGGCAGCGUAUCUUACAGAGAAGGAAAAUCAAGGCUCACAGGUAAUGGUGACUCGUUCAAGGUCGACUGGCCAAGGAAGAGUGUGGCCCGUGUCCAGUCCCUCUCUCUGGGCUCCAAAGCCUGUGCUAGCAGUCACUGAAUCCUGUGGAAGACACAAGUCCCCCUUACCAAUGAGUCAGGUGGCCUUGGUGGUGAGUCAAUCACCUUUCUAACCUACAGUUUCUCCAACUCGGAAAAUGAAGCAAAACAUUGCCAACCUGCCGCAAAGGGAAGUUCAUUUUCUUACAUUACCAUUUAGGGAGAGUUCGCUUCACACUGGAACCCCGCUAGCUGGGCCGCCUCACCUGGCCCGGGGCUCACAGCAGCCUGUGAGAGAGACGCUCACCACCCACGCCUUCGAGGUGAGAAACUGAAGCUCACACGGGACUGAGACCUUGCCCAAGGUCACACAGCUGGUGGCAGGCGGCAAAGCCGGGACUCAAACCUGGGUCUGUCUGACUCUAGAACCGGCUACCCCACAGUGAGAGGCAAACAGAACGGGUGUGGAGAGCGCCUUGCAACCGCUAAGGUGCAACGCAGGCUUGAGGAAGCAUGAGCCCUCCUCCAGCUGAGCACGGGAAAGAAAACUGAAGACCAUAAUUCCCUUUCCCUCCAUCUCCAGGGCAGAGAUAGGGUCGACAGUGCCUGGGGUGUAUCCUGCCCCUCCCCCAUCCAGGGAACACCCCAAAUGCCCAGGAAAGAAAAUGGCAGAAAAGGGCAGAUCAUCAACCGGGUAGGUCAGAAGGGGAGGAGCCCCCAGUGUCGUUAAAGCCAAGCUUGGGAAGGAAGGCUGCUGGGGUCCCACCCAGAUCGCAAGAAUGUUGGGGAGGCCCCCGGACAGAGAUGGGCUGGGCCGAGUGUCCUGUGGGCUUUGCUGCUUCCCUCCCCCUCCCCCCACCUGCUCCUACCCCUCCGGAGGAGGCCCCCAAUGUCUGCUCCCACAGUGAGUCAAAGGCAGCCCUUCCCACUACAGCUACAGGCCCCCCUCCACCCACCCUCCUCUCCCUGGGGGAUUGGGGCCACCCCAAAGUUCCUCCGAGAACCACAGCUGCGUGCAGGGUGCUGCUUCUGCUAGAUAGUGACUUGUCCUCUGUGUGUCUCCGUGGAUCUGUCUGGGUCCCGGAAAUCUGGCAGAGUUGAGAGCAGGAGAUGGCGGUCUGCUGAGAACCAGGAGGGGGUGCAGGGGGCGUCUCACGGACCUUCUCCAAGACUUCACAUGAGUCCUGUCUAAAUAAUCCCCACUUGGCAGAUGAGGUCACCGAGGCUCAGUCACAGCAGGGAAACCAGACAGGAGGCCGCUUUCCUGUUGCUCUUUGCAUCCUGUUGCUGUCGGAUGUCAUCUUGUUAGACCCUCCAUCCGAAGGCCUGCAUUUCCUGCCCUUGCCAGAUUUGGACAAGGCCACAGCAAAGGCUUCUUGGCAAGCCCAGUAGGAACCAAGGGACCCACCCCAUGGAGAGACGCUGGGUGAUGGAGGCAGCCAAUGGGUGCAAAGGUGGCUUGGAUUUUGACCCCAUGAAAGACUACAUGGUCCUGAAUGGUUCCCAAAGGAUCGCUAUUGCGGUGCUGUGCACCUCCCUGGCCCUGCUAAGCGCCCUGGAGAACCUGGCCGUGCUCUACCUGAUCCUGUCGUACCACCGGCUCCGCAGGAAGCCUUCAUACCUGUUCAUCAGCAGCCUGGCUGUGGCCGACUUCCUGGCCAGUGUGAUCUUUGCUUGCAACUUUGUAAAUUUCCACGUCUUCCACGGCAUAGAUUCUAAGGCUGUCUUCCUACUGAAGAUUGGCAGCGUGACCAUCACCUUCACAGCCUCUGUCGGCAGCCUACUGCUGACUGCCAUCGACCGCUACCUCUGUCUGUGUUACCCACCCAUGUACAAAGCGCUACUCACCCGUGGGAGGGCACUGGCCACCCUGGGCGUCAUGUGGGUCCUCUCAGCCUUGGUCUCCUACCUGCCCCUUAUGGGAUGGACCUGCUGUCCCAGUCCUUGCUCUGAGCUUUUCCCCCUGAUUCCCAAUGACUAUCUGCUGGGCUGGCUCCUGUUCAUUGCCUUCCUCUUCUUCGGCAUCAUCUACACGUAUGGGCAUGUCCUCUGGAAGGCUCAUCAGCAUGUAGCCAGCUUGGCUGAACACCAGGACAGCCAGGUUCCAGGGAUGGCACGGAUGAGGCUGGAUGUGAGGUUGGCCAAGACCCUGGGAGUGGUGCUGGCUGUGCUUUUCAUAUGCUGGUUCCCGGUUCUGGCCCUCAUGGUCUACAGCCUGACUGCCACCCUAAGCGACCAAGUCAAGAAGGUCUUUGCCUUCUGUUCCUUGCUCUGCCUUGUCAACUCCAUGGUCAACCCCAUUAUCUAUGCCCUGAGGAGUAGGGAGAUCCGCUCCUCUGCCCACCACUGGCUGGGCCGCUGGAGGAAGCACCUGCGGAGACGUGGGCUUGAAGGAAACAAAGAGGUCCCCAGGUCCUCAGUCACUGAAACAGAGGCUGAUGUGAAAAUCAACCCGUGGCCAGAUUCCAGAGAACCGUACUGCUGAUUGCUGACAAAGCCUCUCACAGUUUUAAACGUGCUGAACCAAUCAUUUCACUCCCUGGAGGAGAGAGAGCAGCCUUGAACCCUAUUGUCUGACUUGAGCCACUCCCAGCGGCCUGGACACUUAACCCUUUCCGCUGAUGACUGAUGGCACCCACCCUUGGCAGGUAGCCUGGCCAUGCCUAUUUGCACUCACACUGUUGGGUCGCUAGGCCCCAUGAGGAGAGGCAACGUGGGCAAGAGGCCUGGGCAGGCUCAGUGCACGUCAGGUUAGGAGAACUUCCCCCAUGAGAUGGCUUAGUGCUUGCAUCUUCCAGAGACCACAGGGGCCAGAUGGAGCCUUCAGGCUUAGUAACAAGGGACACGGAUGGAAUCUGAGAAGAAUGGAUUCUGUUCCUGGGGUCUCAAAGUAUCAGAUGGGAUGGCUGUCCAACCCUGUUCUUGCUUAAUUGUCGGGGCCUCCUUGGCUCUAAGGCUAUGAAAGACCCCACUUUCUGGUCACCCUCUCCUACGGAGAACCAAGAACUUUGGUAUGAUGGGGCUCAAGGGUGUUGAUCCACCUCUUUCAUAGGUAAUUGACAAGCUUCCAGCUCAGGGAAUCUUGCUAUUAGGGUGAUGGCCCCCCUUGACAUCCACUCACAGUCACUGUGACCUCGGUCCCUGGGGAACACAGGGGCAGGUGGCCCUGUUCGAAACAGAAUUUUCAGAGCGUUUUAUUGACCCUGUGAAGUCCUAUUGGUUCCCCUGGAAGCAAGCAGUGCCCCUGUCUAACGUAACUCCAGGAAAAAGAAAGACAUUCACUAAGACUUCAUGAGCUCCCAAACUGUUCCCAGCUGUUCCUCAAUUCAGCCUCUCUUGUCUCCUCCACACCCUUAUAGCAAAAAAAUAAUAAUAAUAAUAAAUAAACAAUGCAAGUGGGAAGAGAGAGAAAUUCUCUUACUAGGUGCCGGGCAUGGGACUGACAGCCCGCAGUCUGUUAUCUCCAGCAAGAACGAAGCCCCAGCCUUCCGAAGAUUCACGGACAUCCUUAGUUUACAUAUCAGCUGGGUUCCUACCAAAGAAGCUUAACACAGUAGGCAAGAGAAAUUGGUGUUGGUGGGGAAGAUUACAGAGGAAUUCUAAUGCAAUUAUGUGGGACCAUAGACAGAAUAAAAGGAAAGAUGUUGAUUAAACAUGUCUUCACUUAAUAUCUACAA